UCCCGCGGCCGCCGGAGCAUGGACGAGUUGGACUGCGACUCCACCUGGGAGGAGGACGAUGGCGCGGAGGACGGCCAGGCGGACGACGCGGGCGACGAGGACGGCGACGCCGGGAGGCCGCGACCCGGCUCACUCCAGUCUAGGAUGACAGGGUACCGCAACUGGCGAGCCAUGCAGGACAUGCGCAGGUACCGGCACCACUACCCGGAUUUGGUGGAACAAGACUGCAACGGUGACAUGCCCAACCUGAGCUUUUACAGAAACGAGAUCCGCUUCCAGCCAAAUGGCUAUUUCAUCGAGGACAUUCUUCAGGACUGGAAAGACAAUUAUGACCUCCUUGAGGACAAUCACUCCUAUAUCCAGUGGCUGUUUCCUCUGAGGGAACCCGGAGUGAACUGGCACGCCAAGCCCCUCACGCUCAAGGAGAUUGAGGCAUUCAAACGCUGUGAGGUGAUCAGAGAGCGACUCAUCCGGGCCUACGAGCUCAUGCUGGGCUUCUAUGGAAUUCACCUGGAGAACCGGGACACAGGUGCAGUGUGCCGCGCGCAGAACUACCAGCAACGCUUCAAGAACUUGAACUGUCGCAGCCACAACAACCUGCGCAUCACACGCAUCCUCAAGUCCCUUGGAGAGCUGGGCCUGGAGCACUACCAGGCGCCACUGGCACACUUCUUCCUGCAGGAGACGCUGGUGCGGGAGGAACUGCCUGGUGUGCGCCAGAGCGCCCUGGACUAUUUUCUAUUUGCCGUGCUCUGCCCUCGCCAGCGCCGGGAACUUGUGCACUUUGCAUGGGAGCACUUCCAGCCUCGCUGCAAGUUUGUCUGGGGACCCCACAACAAGCUGCGGAAAUUCAGGCCCCAGGCCACACCUUGGCCUCUGGUGGGACCAGGGCAGGCAGAGGGGGCCAGGGACCCUUUCCAGGAGGCUGACACCCAGAGUCGGACCUGUGGGUCUGGGAAGGACCCAAGUGGGGAGAGUGAGUCCACUGAGGGCCCCCAGCUGCUAAGCACAAGUCCCCAAGAUGUGGGAACCUUGGAUGGGGACCCAGGAGAUGAGACCAAGCCUAUGAGCCCCAAAGAGAGCAAGAAGAGGAAGUUGGAGGCAAAUAGGCUGGAGCAGGCCCCAAGGAAACCAGACCCCCAGGGUGUGUCUGAGGUGGAGAAGAUUGCCUUGAACCUGGAGGGAUGUGCCCUCAGCCCAGGUAACCAGGACCCUGGGGAGAUGGAACAGCCCAGCCCUGUGCCUUUAGGGGUUGGGGUGGCUGAUGAGAUGAGGAAGCGGAGGAAAGUGGAAGAGGAGGCUGGAGGUGAUGGAGUGGCUGCCAAUCCCAGCAUCCAGAUACCAGCCUCUUCCCCUUCAGAGUGUCCUGAGGCCCAACAGGGUGGGGAUGGGCCUAAGGAGGACCCAGAAAGCCAGGUGGGGCCCGAGCAGGGUGCCCCUGGCAGCCCAGGAGAGAACCCAGGCCCUGUGCCUGGUAGCACAGGAACCUCAGUGGAUGAGUCAGGGGAGACUGCAGGGCUGGGUUCCUCUCCUGGACCUGGAACGCCUUAGUGGGACAUCUUGGCCCUGCCCAGCAUGCUGCAGGGGUGCCUGGGCCUCGGAGCCCUGUUGCUGGCUCUGCUUGGUGCCCUACAGUGCUGGCCUCUCCCUGGUGGUCACUGCAGCAGCCACCAGAGGGACUGAGGCCCUCAGGGAAGGCCAUAGCCUUCAGAAUCCUCCUUACCUCUGUGCCCUCCCCCACUGCCCUCUGAGCCCCGUGUUUGUGAACAGACCCUACGGGUCUGGUGGGGGGCCUCUUUUCUUAGUGUGGUGCCAAGUGAGGCCUUUUCUGAAUAAACAUUUGACUAUGUCUUUCUGGUA